CAUGAACAAGUUUAUGUUAUUCUAGUUCCUAGUAGCCCAGGUAUGUGGACGUUAAGGACAGCAUAUUUUUUAAUUAUCCUAACGAUGGUAGCAUCGCAACGGCGUUUUUACAGACGAACGAACGAUCGUUUCCCUGAUGUACAGGAAUCCACAUUGUCACAAAAGGAAGUUAUGGAUACCACGACCCCUGUGAUCAAUGUGAAAUCCCGUCUUUUACCGAGUCUACAAGAACUCUCCCAGGAAACAGACUUGAAGAGGUCGAGUCGUGAUAUAGUAAGCUCGUUGGUAGACAUCGGACUAACAAACUGGGAGGCAAUCAAAGCCGCGAAGCUCAUCUUGUUGAAUACGCUAGCUAGCGAAAUCGCAACCCUGAUAGAGGAAGUUAAAAACGCGGAUAUCACUGAUUUACUGGAGUCGCCAUACAUCAAUCGUUUAGUGAAUCUGUUGUCCUCUCUUCUGUCAAACUCUGCAUCAUUGCAAAAUUCCAAAAUGGUGACGGAUGCAAUAAACAUCGACGAUGUUGGAACGGAAACGGCUACGAUUCGUGAAUAUUCAUCGUCAGAUUCUACGUCUUCGAUGCAAGAUGCUUCUUCAUCUACAACGUCGUUUUCAUUGCCUCACGGAUCUUCUUUAUAAU